AUGGCGGACACCAAGGACGCUACUUUCUUGUCCAAUCCUCCUGGAUACUCACCGCUCCCCACUGUUAAUCCUGCGGCAUCGAAAGACGAACGUGUCGAUGAGCAACCCGCUCCGAACAAGUGCAAGCGCUGCUCUUGUGCAAGGCACUUUUGGAGGUUCAUCUCCAUUGGUUUCGUAAUCUUUAUUAUUGCCAAAGGCAUCAAGUACCUAUGGCGAGGAUCCGGUCAGCACCUCAAAUCUCCCUACGAGGAUGACUACAUCAUGCGCGUGUAUGACUUUUCUGGCGAUUUUGAUCUCUAUCAUGGCGAUGAUGAUGAUCACCCCAAACCCCACUGCACCAAAUGGAGAAACUCAACUAUGCCGGGCGAGACUACUUACCACCUAAAUGUUUCCGCGGCUGCAGAGGUCAUCAAGCUUGUGUCUGGCGGUGGUUUCAAGGGCACUGUCGACUACGUUAUCGCCGACAAGGACUUAGGGGACACGAUUGGUGUCAAAAUUGCUCUGAGUGCACCAGCAAAGAUUGAGGAGCCCGAGACUGACUUAGCCGUUCACUCAUGGUGGAAGCGUUUAAAGCAUAAAAAGCAUAAAAUUAAGGGCCCUAAAGCCUAUGUGUGCACCAUUCCGACGCCUGAAGGCAAUGUCAAAGGUGUGGUCUUGUCGCGUAAGCCCCCCCACCAUGGUCACCAUGGUCACCGCCCUUGGCGCUCGUUGCCACCAGAUCCACUUGAGGAGUUCCUCUCUCCAUCACUUCCAGAUGCUGGCAUGUCCAUCCCUCCCCCACCAUCUUCGGAACAUUGCCUACCGCCACCUUUGUACCCUGGGGAUCUUCGAGAAGUGUGGGUGGAUGGUAAACACCCUCAUCGUCGUUGUCAUCCCACGGCGCCUGUCACUGCCAAGAUCGUUGUCACCUUGCCACGUGGUCAUCUCGAGCUUGCUUCUUUCUCAAGCGUGUUUCCCCAUUUCGCUCAGCAUAUCAAUGGCGCCUUUGACGAUGCCGUCUUUGGAAAGCUCUUCGUUGUUGGUGCAACAUCUGGACUGCCUAGAAGAGUCAAAGCCGAUGUGGCAUCAAUCAUUGCCGAAGGAAACCCGAUUAAUGGAACGUAUGUGGUGAAGGACCGUUUGGAGUUGGUCACCGCGGGGGCACCCAUCACUGUAAAUGUCACCCUUCUCUCGGACGCGACGGCCUACAAACACACGAGACUAAAUAUAGCAAAUCGCAACGGCUCUGUUGAUGCCGAGGUUCAGCUUGUCGCUGUUGGACCCUCCAAAGACACAGUUAAUGGCUUAUUCAGUAUCAAUACUUUUACUUCUCACCGUCUUGCGAAAGUGAACGUCACCUCCUUCCCUCUCGGUGGCUAUUUGGCAUUUGAUGUCGUGAACCGUUACGGUGAGAUCGUUGUCACUGUCCCUCCCUCUUACGAAGGCAGGUUCGGCCUUGUCAACAGGGGCGGUACGUCCAUCGCCAAGUCCGACAAAGAUACAAAAGAUCCUUCUGGCAAGGGACGAAAUAGGGUGAUAUUGGUUAGGAACAUCGUCGGAGGCAUCGUAGAUGGCUUCAUUGGCUGGGCCGAUGACCCGGAGGAUGGUGUCACUAUCGGGAAGGUUGAUGCAGAGGAAUUCGAGGUAUCCGGUGAAGGCGAACAAGGAUGGGACGAAUAUUUCGCCGAAUUCGUUCCUCCCAUUUACAGUGACCACAUUUACAGGGACCCCAUGUUCACCGACUCUAGGAUUGAUCUAGUUUCUACCAAGGGGAUUGUCCUGCUUGAUCUUAACUAA